GAAACGUCCAUGGGUUUCGUGCGUAUAAAAGGCGUGGUUUCGUCGACGAGUUUCACAUCAAGUAUUUUCAGUUGGUGUGUUCAUAUUUGCCACAGCCAUGAAGUUCUUGCUGAUUGCUUGCUUGGGAAGCCUCGUCUUCGCACAACAGGGACCGGCUGACCUGCAGGGCCCAGGGCCCUUCGUCAGGGACCUGAAAGCUGACGUGCUGAGAGACUUCCCAGAACUUUGCUUCUCGUCAACAAACUUCCGACUCUUCCUGGAAAAUCAGUCCUGGAGCUUGUUCCCCUUCUGCGGCAAAGCUGAAUGCGUCAAGAGCGGCGCAGACUACAUUGAGCGCGUCCAUGACUGCGGUCCUCAGCCCAAGAAUGGUGAGGCAUGUACAAUUGCCAACCUAGCUGAGCUUCAACGGAACGACACCAUCCUCGAAUACCCAUCGUGCUGCCCCAAAUACGUGUGCCCUGAUGGAGUCACCCUUGAAUAUCCUACCCAGGAAGAGAUCAAGGCUGAGAUUCAGAAGCAAAACCAAGCCGCUCUGCAGGCAGCCAAGGAGGCCGCAGCAGCAAGGGAAGCGGCAGGCCCACAGGCAGCACCAGGAACUGCUUAAGUUACUCCAGAAAGACGAGGCAAAAUAAACUGUGAUGAUAAUAAAGUUAUUUGGAUAAUA